UCUCUGGCAGGAGGAACGUCUGCCUGAAGAAGACGGCGUGGAGCCGGGUCGGUAAGCUGGACCGGACCGGGUUCUGUCUGCCGUCUCCCUGACCUGACCUGCUGUAAACUGGACCAGAACCUCCUCCCUGACCCGUCUGCUGGGUUCCCUGGUCUCCAUGAAGCUGGUUGUUCUCUGAAGAACCUGAGAGACCAGAACAUCUGCAGUUGGGCUGGGUGAAUUCUGGUGGACCUUUUUAUUUUGGGGCAUCGGGGUGAACGGGGAUGACUACAGGUGCCUGCCACACUUUUCAGAUCUCAUCAGGUCUGGUAAAAAAAACCAGGUUGAUGUGAUGAUGGCCUCCUCUGCCUUCAGGACCUCAUCUUCUCAGACGAUGGAGAACCACCUUCACCUUCUGGCUCCAGUGGCGUUGGAUGUGAUUCUGAUGACAGGUGUUUUAGCUCCGCCCCCUGCAGGUGUGCUCUGUCGGCUCUUCCUGGCUGCGCUCACUCUGUCCUCACAGCUCGGGUGUCGGCCUCACCUGUUGCCCUGCAGAGAUGUUGGAUGAGGUGGUGGGACUCGGCGCCGUCACCAUGCUGGGCGUCCUGGAGCAAGCUUAUUUUUCCCUGCAGGUGAUUCACGCCAGGAGGAAGUACAAGGUGUCCCCGCCCUCCACCAGCGGGCCGCCCGAGUUCGAGCGGAUCUUCAGAGCUCAGGCGAACUGUUCCGAGUACUUCCCCAUCUUCAUCACCAUCCUGUGGACGUCCGGAGUCUUCUUCAGCCCAGGACUGUCCAGCGUCUGCGGCCUGCUCUACCUGUACGGACGGCUGCGCUACUUCUGGGGAUACGCCGAGUCUGCGCAGGGACGUCUGGCUCCGCUCUACUUCAGCGCUAAGGUUCUCUGGGUUCUGAUCGGGUUCUCGGCGGUGGGUGUUUUCCUCACCUUCUGCCGGGUUUACCUGGAUGUGGAUCUGCUGCAGCAGCUCGGUUCCGCCCUCUUCUGAUCCGGACCAGGAAGAAGCUUUGCUGUGUUUUCCUCUCAUGUUCUGGUUCUGAAAAUGUUGUCUGACUGCUGUUAAAAUGAAUUAAACAGAACCGCAACA